UGUAAAAGACAGAAAUAUCACCGGAGCACAUUGAUGAUGCCUGCAGAAGUGGCUCUUUGACAGACACCAGCAUGUGUUCCCCUCAUCUGUUACCUGAUCCUUUGAAACUGGGUGCUUUAACUGGGCUGAAAAAGUGAGGGUGUCUAUCACUCUCGGUGUCUUCUCCACCCAUCUGGUUUCUCCUGCGUGAGCAUCUAGAAGGCUCAGGCGUAACGAGAGUCUGUCAGAGAAACAGGUGAAGGAGGCCAAGUCCAAAUGUAAACGUAUUGCUCUCCUUCUGUCCGCCGCUCCUUCAAACCCCCAUAACAAGGGGGUGUUGAUGUUCAAGAAACAUCGUCAGAGGGCCAAGAAAUACACGCUUGUAAGCUACGGCACGGGAGAGGACGAACCGGAGUUCAGCGACGAAGAGGACGAAGUGAACGGAGACGACAAGCAAGAGAUCCCAGCUGGUGAAUUUAGCUUUGAAGCUACUUUCAAUUUUGAACCAAACAAGCAUUUUCUUUUGAACGCUCCAGGUGGUAAAGGUGUUCUCACUUUUAAGUUGGACAAGAGCCUUGUUGAAAAUAAUAAUAACUUGAAUGACCAAGCAGAGAUGGAAUGUUUGCCUGAAACCAAGGGCAAGGGUGCCCUGAUGUUUGCACAAAGGCGUCAGAGGAUGGAUGAGAUUGCAGCUGAACACGAGGAACUUCGCCGCCAAGGGUUACCUGUGGAGGCAGAGCAAGAGAUGGAUAAGAAAGUAAUGGAGCAGUGCUACAUGCAGUCCACACCGGAGGGUCAUGCUUACAUGGAUGUAAAUAUGCACCAACAAAACCAGCAGCAGUACCAGCAGUACCAGGAGCAACAGUACUAUGAGCAACAACAGAGCUACCAGCAGCAGCAACAGUAUCAGCAGUAUCAACAGCAGCAGUAUGAGCAACAACAAUUCAAGCAACAGCAAAUGUAUCAACAGCAGCAACAAUAUCAAGAGCAGCAGCAAAUGCACCAUUAUUCUACAAACAUCAAUGGCACAAUACAACCUCAAACCAAUGAAAAUCAGAGUUUGUACAGCAAUCGCACUGCAAAACCAUUCACAGCAGAAAAUGUGGUGGCAACCCCUUAUUCUCAUGGAGCAAGUGGGACCAAUCAAGAUUCUGUGGGCCAAGGAGAGCAGAUAGCUUCCCGCGAUGAGCGCAUUUCUACUCCUGCAAUAAGGACAGGCCUGCUGUCGGACUCAAGGAGAAAGAAUAUCAGCAAGCCUAUGUUCACAUUUAAAGAAGCCCCAAAAGUAUCCCCUAACCCUGCGUUGCUGAACCUUCUCAACAGAAGUGACAAAAAAGGGUUUGAGUCUGGAGCUGAGGAGGACUAUCUUAGUCUUGGGGCUGAAGCUUGCAAUUUCCUGCAGUCCCAAAGACUUAAACCUAAGAUUCCUCCACCAGUUGCCCCAAAGCCUGUGAUCAACCCCAACUCUCCUCCUUGGUCUGCUCAGAUGGAAGCAGCCAACCAGGACAUACCUCAGUAUGCUGAAAAUAGUCUGUCCACACCUGCUGCAGCCCCCACCAAAGAGACUGUUGCUGCUUCAGAACUAGAGCCAACUCCUGCACCUCCCCCUGAGGCCUCUAGCCUUCCUACCCCUGAGGAAACUACUGCAAACCCUACCACAGCAGAACCACAUUCAUGGAGUCACCCAGAGCCCCAACAGCAGCCUCCACAAGUAACACCUCAAGAGGCACACGGUCAGGUGAUUUCUGCUCAGCAUUCGGAGACCUCCCAAAUGACCUCAUGGGGUUUAUCACAGUCACAAGCACAUCAGCAGACAUCUUCUUGUUCAUGGCAAUUAGCACAAGUACCGCCUCAGAACCCACCUCAGAGUCAGUCCCCAUCACAACCACCAUGGGUAACACGUCAGCCUGCUCAGAGUCACACACAAAUUCAACUAACCACACCUAGUUGGACCCCUCAUGGGCAGCCAUCCUGGACUCAGCAAGAAGAACAAGCACAACCUCAGACAAAUGCUCAGCCACCCUGGGCAGAGCCUCAAAAGCAGCUCCAUUCCCAGCCACAGGUUCAGCCACCAUGGACCCACAUGAAGGAGAAGCCACUCUUGCAGCAGACCCACCCAUCUUGGAAUCAACCCCAAGAACCAGUGGAGACACAGCCCCAUAAUUCCUGGACACAGCCAUCCCAAACAGACUCUCAACAGCAGCCGCCAUGGGUUCAACAACCUCAGCAAAAAGCUCAAGUGCAACCUCCAUGGGCUCAACAAGUUCAGCCAGAUAUACUACCGCAUCCUCCUUUGGUUCAACAAGUUCCACCAGAGACACAGCCACAACCACCUUGGGGACAGCAACAGCAUCAUCAGACUCUUCCACAGCCAUGGGCAAAUGCCCAAGUACCAGGUCAACCUCAACCACCCUGGGGCUCAACUCCAGCUAAACAGCAACCUCCCGGUAAUCCAUGGCCACCAUCACAAACACAAGCUGAUACUCAAUCAUGGAUGAAUCCACCUCAAGUACAACCUCAAGCACAGGCUCAAGUUAAUCUGAAUCCAUGGGCACCAGUUCCUCCCCAAACCCCAUCUCAGACUUCAUGGGCUCAGCAACCUCUAGAACAUGGUGGCUCGCAACACACAAGUUCUUGGCCCUUGGAGCAAAAUCAGGCACAACAUCAGCCACCCUGGGCUCAACCAGUUCCCUCACAGCCCACAGCACAGCCCAACUGGCAGCAGCCUCUUUCAAGCACAUCUCCACAACCACAAGUCAACACAUGGUCUUCAGGUCAAGCUCAGCCUCCAACACCAGUUAGUGACUGGAGACCACAGCUGCAGCAGACAUCUUUGAUUGUUCCCAUGCCCACAGUUAACACCCAACCUUCUCCUAAACCAUGGCAUUCACCACAAAAUCAGACUCCUCCUCCUCCACCACGGCGGAUGUUGUCUUAUACUGUUGGUCAAAAAGCUGCGUCCCCCGUCAACCCAUUGGCCACUGUCUUAAAUCCCAAACCGUCCCAGGGUUCAGCUUUUGAGAUGCCAGUCGUCAAAGGAAAAGGUGCUGAUAUGUUUGCAAAGAGGCAGUCUCGUAUGGAGAAGUUUGUCGUGGACUCUGAGACUGUGGAAGCCAACAAAGCAAGCCGGUCCGCAUCGCCCGCAGCGUCAUUACCAAAUGAGUGGAAAUAUACGCCCAAUGUACGUGCUCCGCCUCCCAGGGCUUACAACCCUAUUCAAUCUCCGUUUUAUCCCCUGGCAGCAACAAAACAGCCCCCUGCAAGUAGUCCUUUGACCAAAGCAAAGAAAAAAGACCAAGCGAAGCCUGCCCCUAAACCGCUGAAUGUUAUUGAUGUCAUGAAGCAUCAACCAUAUAAACUAGAUUCUUCCCUCUUUGUCUUUGGCCCAGGAGCAGAGGCUGCCAAGCCCCCUCCGCCAAAGCCCAGCUCUCCUCCUAAUUCACAUCUCGACAGUCAGACAAUUGGAUAUGCCCAAAUGGCUCCAGCUCAGCAAGCUGAAGCGUUUAGUCCCCCAUAUCCCCAGCAGAGUUAUGGGUUACCCAUGCAGCCUGUAAUGCAUGAUCCCCACUAUCAGCACACCCAAGCUAAUGUUUACCCUUAUCAGCCAGCUCCAGGUGGCCCAUACCAACAAGAAUAUAACCAGCAGUAUCAGCAGCCUGUCCCACCACCUUAUCAUCCCCAAGCCCCUCAACCUUUAAACCUUCCCUACCAACAGGCUGCUUACCAGCCAGCCAGCAGCCCUCCCUAUUUGGCAGCUCCCUCAGUACCGUACAAAGCCCAGCCUGCAAGUAGCUACAUUACCCCGAGUUUCCCUUUGGCUGCUAGGCCUGAAUCUGUAACUGGUGGCAGUACUGGAGCUGCCCCAAAACCUAAGUUUACAGCUAACAAAAGCUCAGCCCAGGUGUGGAAACCAACAGCAAUUGAAAAAGAGUGAUUCUCAUAGACAAUGGGCAGGUCCAUUCUCUAGUUGGGUCGAGACACUUUGUGCCCUGGCCAGGGGAAGAUUUAGUGCACAAAGCGUAAACUUGCUUGUGCAAUCAGUGUCUACACCUUGCUGCCUUUAGAUUGCUGGAUCACAACUUUUCAGCACUUAUUUGGAUUAAUUCAGUGGCACAUUAAGACCCUUAAGUCACUCACAACUGAGUCAAAAAGGUUGACAUUUUUUUAUUGCUCUUGUGUAUGUUAAACUGAAACAGUCGGGCAAAUCUGAGGGGAUGAUGUUAAUUAAGAAUGUAGGGGGGCAUUUCGGUCAGUAUAAGAAGAAAGAAAGAAGGAGAGUUCUGAAGUGAAUGGUGUAGACUAUAGAAAAGAAGAGCUUUAUCGAGCUAAACAUAAAAAUGCUGAACACUCCUAACUUUAAAUGCUGAACUGAGUAUUUUAACAGAAACGGUAAAAUCUAGUAAGCAGCCGAGGGGAGGAGGUUGUUGGAGAAAGGCAUGAUUUGCAACAUUAGGGAUGACAUUAGAAAGCAACUUAAGAGUUUGUAGGUCAAGUAAAGCUGAGAUGCAGACAUUUUCUUUGCAGUCCUUAAAAAACAAACUAAAUAUUGUCUAAUCUAACUUGAUUAGUAAUUGAAUGGAUUAUUAUUUCGAUUUUGUUGUGUGUUUCUGUAUUUUUAUUUAAUGUAUUAUUAUUUUGUCCAUGCUCCCUUGUUUGGUGGGUUAGUUUUAUUUUAAGCUUCUUACCAGCUGUUGUAUCAUGUUAGAUGCUAUAUUUAAAGUGCCUAAAGAGAAGUCCAGUUCUGAGGUCCACAUAGUACUGUAGGCUUAGGUUUCACCUCAGGCAAAUUAAAGCUACUAUCUUUUAGAGCUUAGUAUAUUCUCCCCUUUUGGGGUUCAGCGUUAAUGCAGCUUUAUAAAAAAAAAUGCUUUGAUUGAAUCAUGAUUAAUUUUCAAAACAAAAUCAGUAAAGGAGUAAUGUUUUGUGAGUAAAAUGUAUAUUUGGUACAGGGCUUCUUUUCUCGUUUUGUAUGUUUCUCUUCCUUGUGCACUUUAUGUAUGAUUCACUGCAGUGCCAUUAAACUAUCUCUUAUCCUUUU